UAGCAGUUGUAUGCAGCGCCUAGACGCCUCCACCCCACCACCGUUUUCUUGAUUUCCUGAUCACAGUAGUAUUACUAUUAGCGUAAAUACUACUGUGUGGAUUAUUAAUCCGGCAUAGUCUAGCACUAGAAUCCUUCUAUAAAUAGUGAACAAAAGUUGCUCGCCUUUUCCAUCCAGUCCUGAAAUCUUCUUCAAUCUUCUAAUCGUCUACUGAUAAUUCUGCGAUGGCCACCGAGCUCUCAAACAUUCUGCCUCGUGUCCUCAUCGUAUCCAGGCGUACGGUUCGCAAGAACAAGUUCGUCGACUUCGUAGGAGAGUACCAUCUCGAUCUUAUAGUAAGCUAUGGGGCUGUACCGGUGAUUUUACCCCGGGUGACGGGGGUGCACAUGCUGUUAGAGAGUUUUGAGCCGAUUCAUGGAGUUCUUCUCUGUGAGGGGGAAGAUAUUGAUCCAUCACUGUAUGAAGAAGAAGCAUCAGGUUUAACGCCAGAAGAAUUGGACGAAAUCCGGAGGGUGCACGCCAGCGAUACUUCCGUAGACAAAGAAAAAGACAACAUAGAAAUGAGGCUAGCCAAACUUUGCCUGGAGAGGAACAUUCCUUACUUGGGAAUAUGCAGGGGUUCACAAGUCCUGAAUGUUGCAUGUGGGGGUACCCUUUAUUUAGAUGUGGGGAAAGAAUUAACUAAUAAGGUUCCUGAAGAUCUGAGGGUAAUGCACAUGGAUUAUGAUAAUUAUGAUGGGCACAGACAUGCUGUGAAGGUUGUGGAGAAUACUCCUUUGAGUCGUUGGUUUAAGGACUCUUUGGAGGAAGGGAAAAUGGAGCUCUGGGUGAAUAGUUAUCAUCACCAGGGAGUUAAGAGGUUAGCUGAGCGUUUUGUUCCAAUGGCAUUUGCUCCUGAUGGUUUGAUUGAAGGGUUUUAUGAUCCUGAUGCUUAUAAUCCUGAGGAGGGUAAAUUCAUAAUGGGGCUCCAAUUUCAUCCCGAGAGAAUGAGGCAACCUGAUUCGGAUGAAUUCAAUUAUCCUGGAUGCCCUUUUGCUUAUCAGGAGUUUGUGAAGGCAGUUGUUGCUUAUCAGAAGAAGCUCAAUAGUGCAACAAAUGUACCGAGACCUGUAAAGCUUGAUCAAGAAAUGGAGAAGAAAAGAAAAUCCAUCGUUAGAAGCUUCUCAAUUGCAAGAAUAAUAUAUAAAGGGGGACGUGAUAUGCAUCUAUCAAAAGAAUCUGAACUUGAAGUCGGAGCAGAAUUCCUUGAGUCGAACACAGCUUUGACUUUGGAGCAGGAGAGUAGAUUGAAACAAAUGGGGGCAACCGUGAGGAACUCAUCUUCCUUCUUAGCUAGAUUAAGGUUAAACGAAGAAAGAGAGGCAUUAGCAAGGAAAGUGAUGGGAAACAUGUCGGUAGAACAGUUAUCUGAUCUAAUGUCCUUCUACCACAUGAUGGGGCAGAUAUGUUCAGAAGUCUUGGAGAAAAAACUUCAUGGCAUGGUCAAUGAUCUUUUGGCCGCCAAAGUUCGUUCGAUAUUUAUUGUCCAAUUAUCAACUCCUCUUUACAUUCCCUUCCUCACUCUUGCGCUCUACUCUUGCUCUACUAUGAAGAGCCAGUUCCUCCCGGAGACACCCUUUCUAUCUGUGUACAACAUCUUACUACUGAUUCUCUUCAUUCAGUUCCCUUCCAUUUUAGGCAACAACACCGAAUGGUACACCAGCUGCACCAAUUUGUUCAGUUGCGGGGGAAUCAGCGGCGUUGAUUACCCUUUCUGGGGUGGCAACAGGCCUCAAGAAUGCGGUCAUCCUGGACUAGAGCUCAUGUGCGAGGAUAGCACUCCAACCAUCGAGAUUAUGAACGUGAAAUAUCGAGUUCUUCAAGUCAAUCCCAGUUCUCAAAUCCUCAGAAUCACCAGAAAUGAAUUUGCAAUCAAGGAUAUCUGUCCAGAGAAAUUGGUGAACACCACCCUCGAUGCCAAUCUUUUCGAGUAUGCUUCGGGAUACGUCAAUCUUACGAUCCAAUACGGCUGCCCCUCUCUGAAUAUUCCCGUCCCGGCUCCAAUAGCCUGUAAUAUCAACGGAAUCACUUACCGGAACGUUUACGUCGUUCCGGGGGCACAAGGGCCUGGAACUUGUCGGGCGAGCAUAUUUUUUCCAAUUCAUAGCACAGCUUUUGGAGGAAUUACUGAAGAGUUGUCAAUUCUGGGGCAAGUAAUGGUCAGCGGAUUUGAAGUGCGAUGGAAAGUGGAUAGUAUGCAAUGCAAUGAGUGCAGGAAUUCGAAUGGCAGGUGCGGCUAUGACCUCAAAUCCAAUCAAUUUACUUGCCUAUGUCCCGGAAAUCAGGCCUCUGGUCACUAUGGAUGCACAAGCACAUCAAGUGAUGAAAAUGGUAGCCCGCACGAGUCCAUGGUUGUUUCAGGAUAUCCUUUCCGGGGACACGAAGAUCCCGCAUACUGUGGCUAUCCCGGGCUAGAGCUAAGAUGCGAUCAGAGGAGUAAUGUUACAAGACUCGAUAUCAAGAACAUGACAUUUUGGGUCUUGGAUAUCCAUCCAACCAGCCAGAUUUUGAGGGUUGCUAGAGAAGACGUGAUGGAGAACAACUGUCCUACUGAUUUAGUAAACAUGACUUUGGAUUACACCCUGUUUGAUUACUCCGCGAGUUAUAUAAACGUCACGUUUCUCUAUGGCUGCCUAGUCAAUUUACCCGAUGUUGUUUUCUUAUGUGGGAACAAUAUGUCUGUCUUGCCUGGAGACCUUGGUGCUGGACUGUGCAAGGCCAGUGUGGUAUAUCCGGCACUUCAAACGGGUAAUGGAGGAUCCUUUAAUUUUACGAGCUUGAAUCAAGUCCUCCGGCAAGGGUUCGACAUCAGAUGGAUAGUGGAUACUGGUAUAUGCAAUGAGUGCACCAGGUCCGGUGGAAGGUGUGGGUACGGUGGUGGCACAAAUCAAAAUCAAAAUCAAACUACUUGUUUCUGCCCAAAUCCGCCCUAUGUCCAAGCUGGUGCUUGCUCCUCAAAUUCAUCACCACCACCUUCACCUUCUAGAGGAACUGGGAGGAACAUUUCCAACUCGCAAGCUCUUCCUAGUUCCCUACCCUUCUCUUCUCUCUGUCCAACGAUGCAUUCCGAGGAUCGCCUUCGAACCCUUUCGUUCUUUCUGAUGAUCACCAGCUUCACUUUACUUCACAUCCCGAAAUCUUUCAGCCAGGAUCAACAACAGUUUGAAACCUGCAGCGAGCCGUUUCGGUGUGGAAAUAUUGACUUUUCUUAUCCAUUCUGGGGUGGGGAUCGCCUGGAAAGUUGUGGCUAUCCAGGUUUCAAUCUAAGCUGCCAAGGGAACGUCCCUCGGUUUACAGUUGGCCCCGUUGCAUACCGGAUCCUCUCCUCUGUAGAUACCUCAUCUCAAACUGUUACUGUUGCCAGAGACGAUCUGUGGGAUAGUAAUUGUCCUCAGUCUCUCCAUAACACCACCUUGAAUUUCAACAUCUUCAGUUACCCCAGCCAGGUCGAUAACAUCACUCUGUUCUAUAAUUGCACCCAGCUUCCUACCAACCUCUUUCAACUGCAAUAUGAAUUUAAUUGCACCGUCAAUAGUACCGCACCAAAUACCAAUUUUUUCCAGACAAGUAGUGCACCCUUUUGGAGUGCUUGUGCCGAUAACAUCAGGGUUCCUAUUAAUCGCGCCGCAUUUCCGAGUCUCUUCAAUACUACGGCUAUAUUAAAUCCUACGGAUCUUCGAACCGCACUUACUACCGGCUUUCCUUUGCGAUAUGAAGCAAAUAAUACAGCCUGCAAUAAUUGCUCUAACACAGGUGGCCAGUGCGGGUAUGACACUCGUUCCAACUCAUUUACCUGCUAUUCCAACAAUAAAAAUGGCAGUAAAAGUGGUCCCGGCACUCCAGUAGUUCUUGCUAUAGUAGGUGCAGUCCUUGCUGGUGUGGGUCUUGGUUGGUUAAUUUUCUGGUGUAGGCAACGGAGGAGACGGCUUGCUGCUGCUAAAGCUGCAGAGAGUUACCAGACUCAGAGCAAGGAUAAUUCAACCACUGCUGCUAGCAAAGCCCCUACUUCUGUGCCUUCAACUGCUUUCACGAAAAGCAUCCCUUCUUAUCCUUCCUCAAAAACUGAAUUUGGAAAAGAAAGCUCCUAUUUUGGUGUCCAGGUCUUUAGCUACAGCGAACUUGAGGAAGCCACAGAUGGUUUUUCUCAAUCUAGAGAACUUGGAGAUGGUGGCUUUGGCGCUGUAUAUUAUGGUGUUCUUACUGACGGUCGCGUUGUUGCAGUCAAGCGGUUAUAUGAAAAUAAUUUUAAGCGUGUUGAGCAGUUUAUUAAUGAAGUUGAGAUCUUGACCCGUUUACGGCAUCCAAACCUUGUGACACUAUUUGGAUGCACAUCCAAAAGAAGCCGUGAGCUGUUGCUCGUGUAUGAAUAUAUACCAAAUGGAACUGUGGCCGAUCAUCUACAUGGGAAACGUGCCAGUUCUGGUUUGCUAUCUUGGCCUGUCCGACUGAACAUAGCCAUUGAGACAGCUGAUGCAUUGGCUUAUCUUCAUAAAUCAGAUAUCAUACAUCGUGAUGUCAAAACCAACAACAUCCUUCUAGACAAUGACUUCCAUGUAAAAGUCGCCGAUUUUGGGUUAUCAAGGUUGUUUCCCAACGAUGUUACGCAUGUAUCUACAGCUCCGCAGGGGACACCCGGAUACGUUGAUCCUGAGUAUUAUCAAUGCUACCAGCUCACUGAAAAGAGUGAUGUUUACAGCUUUGGGGUGGUAUUGAUUGAACUAAUUUCAUCGCUGCAAGCUGUUGAUACUAACAGGCACCGUCAUGAUAUAAAUUUGGCAAAUAUGGCCGUCAACAAAAUCCAAAACCAUACAUUACAUGAAUUGGUAGAUUCAAGUCUGGAGUUUGGGACAAAUAGCCCUAUGAGGAGGAUGACAACAUUAGUGGCUGAGCUAGCUUUUCGGUGUCUGCAGCAGGAGAGAGAUAUGAGGCCUUCAAUGCAAGAAGUAGUGGAUGCUCUUCGAGGAAUUCAGAAUGAAGGGUUGAAUACUGCAAAGGUGGAGGUGGUGCAUAUCUUGGUUGAUGACGUCGCGCCGCUCAAGGAUAAUGUUGUCCCUACAUCGCCUGAUUCAGUUGUUCCUGAUAAGUGGCUUAGCAGCUCGACACCAAAUUCAAGCGGGUGACGUUUCUGACUGGCUAUGCUUUUUCUCUUGUAAAAAAAGAUUGUACUAGAACAAAGUUCUUUGUUUCUCAAUCGGUAACAUUUAGAGAUCUUUGCUGUUUCCUCAUAGCACUACAUUUUUGAAAAUUUAUUGGCCUUUGCUGUUUCCUCAUAGCACUACACAGGAAAUGUAUCUACUUAUUCUGUAAUAGAAAACAUAAGCAAGUGAUUAUAUCAAUUAUUGUGGAGUUAGAGGGAAUGUACAUAUUGUUGAAUGGAGCU